UCCGUGACGACCCACCUUCAUUGAAUCCCUUCUUCGGCUCUUGUCUUUGUUAGCAUACACUCCACUUCCAAGGCCUGCACGCGGCACCAAAAGAAAGAAACAUGACUUCAACCCCUUCACAAUGCGUCGGCCCAGAGUAUCGGCCCGCCUCUCAGAAACCAACGGCCACUGUCUCUACGGAAAUAUCACAUCAAAAUGUUCACAUUCUACCUCAGACGCCGCAGCUGAUUGCAUUGCUCACUAUGAUCCGUGACCGAAAUACUGGACGUGCCGACUUCAUCUUCUACUCCAAUCGGAUCAUUCGACUCCUGGUCGAAGAGGGACUCAACCAUCUUCCGGUAGUGGAGCACACCAUAACCACCCCGGUCGGAAGAACCUACUCUGGUGUCAAGUUCGAAGGCAAGAUCUGUGGAGUAUCCAUCAUGCGCGCUGGAGAGUCUAUGGAGCAGGCACUCAGGGAAUGUUGCAGAUCAGUCCGGAUUGGAAAGAUCCUGAUCCAGCGGGAUGAGGAAACGGCGAAGCCAAAACUCUACUACGAUAAGCUGCCAGAGGAUAUUGCUACCCGAUGGGUUCUGCUACUAGACCCCAUGCUCGCUACGGGAGGCUCUGCUCUCAUGGCCGUCGAGGUUCUCAUAGCACGUGGCGUACCUGAAGAUCAUAUCUUGUUCCUUAACUUGAUCGCAAGUCCAGAAGGAGCAGCAAACUUUGCCGAAAAGUUCCCUAAAGUGCGAGUGGUAACGGCCUUUGUAGAUCGAGGGCUGGACGAGAAGAACUAUAUCGUACCAGGACUAGGAGAUUUCGGUGACCGCUUUUACACCAUGUAACAGGCCCCCAAAUCAAGAAGAAACAUUGUGGAAACAUCUAAAGUUCUCGACGGUAAAUGUCCGAUUGAUCAUCUUACGCUCUUAUGAACCGCAAGUAAAGAAAAGUGGCGAACCACUAUGCGGCCAACUCAUUGAAAGAGUUGGAUUUUUAUUAUAGCAUAUGACAUACGCA